UUGUUUACUGGGACCUGUGACUGGGACCUAACGUAGGUUAUGUUAAGUUUUGGUUCAGUGUCUAACGUUAUUCCGAAAUAAUUAUUAAGCUUAUAGGUGUACGAAUUACUAAUAUGGGAUGCCAUGAACGUAACUUAUUAUAAAAUGAACAUAUAAUAUUUUAUCAAUGCUGUUUAAAUUUAAAAAAAUACCGAGGAGUAUUUUCACGUAGAAAAUGGACGUUAGCAAUAGAAAAGUGCAGUAUUUGGUCGCAUUGUCCGUGUCGACGUGUGCGCUGACAAUGGGCCUUUGUUCAACAUGGGCUACACCAGUGAACCCAAAGUUAAUGGGCAAUGAAACCGACGUGGAUAUGGAUAAGGACAAAAUAGCGUGGAUGCUAAGUAUGGGCCCACCUGGGUAUAUGCUGGGCAGUUUGGCUACAGGAAUUAUCAUGGACAAGAUCGGAAGACGUGCUACUCUGCUUUGGAGUUCCUUGCCGUAUGGAGUAGCUAUGAUAAUAGUCGCGACGGCGGUGAAAUUCUGGCUGCUCUACAUAGUAUUUUUUUUAUGGCAAUUUGGCACUGGAAUGUUGGGUAACGUCAUGACACUAUACUUCACAGAGAUAUCCGACAAGGACAUACGAGGAACCUUAUCGUUACUAACCAAAAUAGCAUUCAACUUCGGAAGUCUCCUGAUGAUGUGCAUCGGUCCCUUUCUCUCUUAUGAAACCCUGAAUAUGUUGCUGCUUUUCUUACCGGUGUUGUAUUUAGUAGUCUGUUGGUGGAUACCUGAAUCUCCAUAUCAUUAUUUGAAGGAUGGAAGAGUGGAUGCUGCUAGAAAAGUGCUGAUUAAAUUACGGGGAUAUAAAGAUGAGAAGGUCCUGAAUGAUGAGCUUCUCCAAAUGAAGCAGCAUGUCAACAGUGAGAUGAGCCGGUCCACCUCGCCUAAAGAACUUUUCACCGGUCGACAGUAUCGGAAGGCGAUCGUUAUUGCUGUUGGACUAAAAAUAACGCAGAUAAUGACAGGCGCUGUGACCAUCCAGCAGUACCUCGGGCUGAUCAUGGAAGAAAGUGCCAUCAAUAUGGGACGGGCUACACUAAUGAUCAUUUUUGGAUCUGUCAAAUUUCUUGUCAGUAUAAUGCCGUCAGUCCUAGCAGACAAGGUUGGCCGUCGUCCUUUACUUAUCUACUCCUACUUGGGUACCGGCAUCUCCCUAGCCACCGUUGGCAUGUACUUCUUCUUAAUGGACGUAAUUCGCAUCGAAAAGAACAUUCUCAGCCCUUAUGGCAUCGUCACCUUCAUUGGCAUCGUUUCAGCAAACAUUAUUUCCACUAUCGGAUUCAACUCUCUCGUUAUGCUUAUCCCUGGAGAGAUCUUCCCUAUGAAUGUCAAAGCUGCAGCCUUGACUUCUUUGAGCAUUUUCGCGGGAUUUCUCAGUUUCAUAGUAGCGAGGAGUUACCAACCAUUAAAAGACUCUAUAGGACUUUGUGGGGUGUUUUGGAUCUUCGCUACAAUAGCGUUUGGAGGUGCAGUAUUUUCCAUGUUAUUCGUUCCUGAAACUAAGGGAAAAAGUCUGAAAGAAAUACAGGUACAGUUACAGGGUGAUAUGUACGAUGCAGUAGAAGCAGCUGCUAAGUUGAAUCAUGUUGAAAACGGUGCUGAUAUUGCAAGUGAAAGCAAAGAAAUGGAGGUGUUAAAUAAGAAAAACAAUGAUUCUUAAUAGUAGUCUUAUGUGCUCUAUAAACCUCAAUAUGUACUGAAUAUUAUGUAGGUAGUCGUACUUAUUUGUAGGUCAUCAAAACCACAUUUUCAUUCGUCUCAUUAUAAUUUUAAAUGGCAGAUUAUGAUAAAAUUUGUGAAUAGCAAAUAUUGUUUCAAAAGGUCGAUGCUUAAAAGCUGUAAUCUCAUGUUAUAAUUACUUGUCUCGAUCUUUAAACGUUUCUUUUUAAUAUUUAUUUUUAUUUCACGUAUUUUCAUAAAAGUAGGUGCUUAGGUAAGUCUCGAAACAGAACAAUUUUUUAUCAGUUUUAGAAAUGUAAAGAAAGACUGAGCUACUUAGGUAGGUAUAAAAAAUAUGUUUUUAACGUAACCUAUUGUAGGUUUCCCUCAGAUGUCAUUAACUUGGAACUUGGUAGUUGUUUUUUUUGUUUGUCUCGAAAAGUUAAUAUGUAUUUAUAUUUUAUUUUGCUGCUUAACAAUAAAUUGUGUAGUUUUAUUGACGCUAAGUUAGGUAUUUCUUAAACAGGUUGUUGCAUUUGUAAGAUCAAAUCUAUUAUUAUAAUUUUAU